AUGUCCCUUACUACCCCGGCCGCUCGCGUCAUGCUCAACGAGCUCGUGCUCGACGCCCUCCCACCCCAACACGCCGCACUUCGAGACCAGUGCCAGUUAUUGCCAAUCAUACCUAUGGCAACAGGACAGCAGAAGCUGGCGACUUGA